UUCCAGAUGCCACAUGUGAAUCAAAUGAAUAUGGAAAAUGACUCUUCAGUGUCAGAGUUCAUUCUUAUGGGCCUGACAGACCAGCCUGAGCUCCAGCUGCCGUUAUUUGUUUUGUUCUUGGUGAAUUACACAGCCACUGUGAUGGGAAACUUGAGCUUAAUGAGUCUCAUAUUGUUGAACUCAAACCUUCACACUCCCAUGUACUAUUUUAUUUUCAAUCUCUCCUUCAUUGAUUUCUGUUAUUCAUUUGUCUUUACCCCCAAAAUGCUAAUGAGUUUUCUUUUAGAGAAGAACACCAUCUCAUUUAGAGGAUGCAUGACUCAGCUGUUUUUCUUCUGCCUUUUUGUGAACUCAGAGAGUUAUGUGUUGACAGCCAUGGCCUAUGAUCGCUAUGUGGCCAUCUGUCAGCCACUGCUGUACAAGGUUAUUAUGUCUCCUGAGAAGUGUUUUGUGCUGAUGUUUGGUUCUUACUUGAUGGGGUUUGCUGGGGCCAUGGCUCACACAGGGUGUAUGCUCAGGCUCAGGUUUUGUGAUUCUAACAUCAUCAACCACUACAUGUGUGACAUCUUCCCUCUCCUCCAGCUCUCCUGCAGUAGCACCUAUGUCAAUGAGCUUGUGAGUUUCAUUGUGGUGGGUACAGUCAUCUCUUUAUCUAGCCUCAUUAUCUUAGUCUCCUAUGCUUUGAUCUUUUCUAGUGUCAUUCAAAUGUCAUCAGGUAAUAGUUGGUCCAAAGCCAUAGGAACUUGUGGGUCUCACAUCAUAACUGUUAGUCUCUUUUAUGGUUCUGGGCUACUUGCUUAUGUCAAGCCAUCAUCUGCUGAAACUGUGGGCCAGGGAAAAAUUUUCUCAGUCUUUUACACCUUCUUGGUGCCCGUGCUGAAUCCUCUCAUUUACAGCCUAAGAAACAAGGAUGUCAAGCUUGCUGUGAAGAGAACGGUGAAGAGAAUGACAAGCAGAUCUAUCUGUGGUUGUUUCUCUUAG